UCCUGCUCUCAGCUCGGACACCUUCACACAAACACAGCAGAGACGAACAGACAUGGCAGAAGAAGCUCCAGCAGCCGCCCCGGCCAAAGCCCCGGCCAAGGCCCCGAAGAAGAAGUCGGCUCCCCGUCCCAAGAAGGAUGGACCCACCCUCCCGAAGCUGAUCAUCAGCGCCGUGACCGAGUCCAAGGAGCGCAAGGGGCUGUCACUGGCGGGGCUGAAGAAGGUCCUGGCUGGCAAAGGCGUCGAUGUGGCCAAAGCCAACAAGCGCAUCAACACCGCCGUGACCAAGCUGGUGACCAAAGGCACCCUGACCCAGACCUCCGGGACCGGCGCCUCCGGGUCCUUCAAGCUCGCCAAGAAGGAGACCAAAGCCGCCAAACCCGCGAAGAAAGUGGUGAAGAAGAAGGCCCCCGUUAAAGCCAAGAAGCCCGCAGCGAAGAAAACCGCCGCCAAGAAAGCGACACCCAAGAAAGUGGCGCCCAAAAAGUCCCCGAAGAAGGCCCCGGCCAAGAAAGCUGCCAAGAAGGCGCCGGUGAAGAAGAGUCCCAAGAAGGCUCCCGCCAAGAAGGUGGUGAAGAAGACCGCUCCGAAGAAGAGUCCGGCCAAGAAAGCUCCGGCAAAGAAAGCAGCUCCCAAGAAGACCAAGAAGUAAAGCGGUUCAGUCCUGCACUCAGUGCACCAACGGCUCUUUUAAGAGCCACCACAGCUUCUACUGAACUGCAGCUCCUACAUGCUUCACUGCUUACACUUUAUACAACCGCAGGUUAUUAUUUAUUAGAGCUUCAGUCAUAUUCACAGCUGUUGUUAUCGGCUCAAUAUGUGGUUAUAAUUAUUGUCCUGUUUUACAGUUUAGUCAUCAAGUAUCAGAAUAAUGUUGAUGAGAAGAAUCUUCAGUCACUCUACAAAUAACAUGAAGUUCAUUUAUUUAAGAUGAAUUAUUCUUCUGUAGCACUCCUCCCAAAUUAGGAUUUCAGUUUUAUAUAUAACUUUUAUAUUAUAGAAUAUAUUUUUGUUAAGGUGCUUUUUUUUUUCAUGUUUUCUAAACAUUUACUUUACACAACUAUUUUAAAUGGUCAGAAUGAAAUAAAAUACAAAAAUGUACGGUUUGUUGUUAACCUGCUGUACUUUCGAGAUUCUUUUACAUAUAAAUAUAUUUAUGUAUUUCUAUAUUUAUAGUAGUUGUACGUUUAUUACUUUUGUAACUUUUUUUUUAACAUAUUUUAUCUAAAAAGGUUAUUUUCAGGGGCGGAUCUAGAGGAGUUGGGUCGGGGGGGCCACUGCCCUAAAGUGUCUGGACACCCCAGUUUGGUGUCAGAUUGAAGACGUCAUUAAACUUAACGUCCAACAUCAUUAACAGGUCAUUAAAUGUGUCAAUGGAUGUUUUUUAACACUUUUAUUGAAUUUGAAAUUGAAUAUAUUGAAAAAUAAAAAUUAAUUGAUAUGUCUGCUCCUUACAGUCAACAUAUCUUCCUCUGAAUGUUAUUUUACAGACCUCAAUUAUUUAUUGUUACAAUAAAAAGCACAUUUUGAUCAUUA